UUUACUACAUCAACUGGGCUUAUAGACAGUAUUGAUAAAAAGCUCAUGGUUGUAUUAAGAGAUGGACGUAAGCUAAUUGGUACAUUGAGAUCAUUUGAUCAGUUUGCCAACUUGGUCUUACAGGAUACUAUUGAACGCAUUUAUGUCGGAAACUGUUAUGGUGACAUUCCUCGAGGUAUUUUUUUGAUUAGAGGUGAAAAUGUCGUUUUACUUGGAGAGAUUGAUUUGGAUAAAGAAGAAGAAAUCAAUUUAAGGCAAGUGCCAGUUGAAGAAAUAUUGGCAGCACAAAGAGAAGAAUUAGAAGCAAAAGAAAGACUGGAAAAGAUUAAGAGUAAAAUAUUACAUAACCAAGGCUUUUGCGUGGAUACAAGUCAGAAUGAUCUAUACUAG